AUGUUUACAACAAUUGCCUAUGAGGUCUUCUCUGCAAGCUCUCUCCGCUCCUUCCUGGUGGACCCUGCACGGGGAACCGACAUCACCAUCUUCACACCUCACGAUAAUGCUUUCACGUCGCUCCUCAGCCAGCUCGGUAUCACCAAGGCCGCUCUGUUGUCCAACACUCGCCUGGUAGACCUGCUAACCAAGGCCCACAUCAUUAACGGAUCAGCGCUGUUCACGGGGUCAUUCAUCAGCUAUGGAGCCCCCAUCAGGCUCGACACAAUGGCCGGACCGCUGAACGCCACUGGAGACCUAACCAUCUUUCCCAAGCGCCCGAGCUCGGGUCCUGCCAAGAUGGUCAUCCUGUCCAAUCAGUAUGUGAAAGCCGUACUCAGUGACUACGAUUUUGGCGGCAAUGACCGUUUUGGAGAAUCACCCAAUUACGUGGGGCACUUUGUGGACAAGGUGUUGCUGCCAGUCAGCAUCACUGAGCUCAAAAAGCUCGCAAAGGCCAAGCCCUAGGGCUGACCAUCAGGCCUGAUGUAGUAGCUGUUACACAGUACAGCACACAU